UCGGAGUCGAACAGUCGCCGGAAAAUCUCUGUCUGAGGGCGGCAUUCUUCCACAUCAACAUCACAAUAACCGAUUAAAGAGCUAUUUCCUGGUCAGCACCGGAGCGGAACUUCCAUGCGUAAGGUCACAUGACCCCCCUUAUUCCCGAGGUGUGUUUCCUCCGUCAACCUGUGAUACGCUUCCCAGCAUCAGCUGUUGAUGUCCGUUUAUAACACUACUGAUGGGAGUAGCCGAGAAUCAUAUACAAGCGCGGGCAAACAGCCGGCUUGGUGAGGGGAGAGGUUCCGUCAUGGAGACAAUAUGGCUACAACGAUCGGGACCCGAGAUCCCAUGGGGGUUCCGACUACAAGGGGGUCGGGAAUUUGGACAACAAUUGGCUAUACAAAGGGUAACCCCCGGGAGCGUUGCUGCCAGCAGUCUAGGUUGUGGUGACGUCAUUAUGAAAAUUGGAAACGUGAACGCCAUGAAUCUCUCCCACAACGAAGGCCAGGAGUUGAUCCGCGGGGCAGGCAACCUGCUACAGCUCACCAUUAAGAAAGUGAGUGAGGCGUCAGCUGCUCCCCCAGACUCCAACUACGCCUACCACGGAAGUCAGGCCAAUGCUCAGCUCUACGACUACACACCAAAAACAAACACCUACAGCCAAUCAAGUCUCAACACGUCUGAUCCCUAUGGCAACAGAGCAUCUGUUCAACAGGGCCGAUCACCAUCCUACCCAAGUGAACCUGCCAGGAGUUACUAUGACCAGGACUACUCCAGCUCCACCGCCUACCCAGAUUACACUGCAGGGUAUAGGAGCGCCCCCUACCAGACACAGAGUAGUCAGGACACAUACCAAGCUCAGUAUCAACCCGCCUAUGAAGUGGGCAGUUCCAUGUCCUUACCGAGGGACGUAGGACAGACAUCGAGAGGGGUGUCGUCCAGUCAAUCUUCUAAUGUGCAAUCAGUGUACGGGAGGCAGAACUCUGCGCCGAGACCAUAUAGUCCCAGUUCGUAUCAGUAUAACUCCAGCGAUUCGCCUGCACAGUAUUCGGAUAACUACUAUUCCGGACAAGCAUUUAGUCCAUCGUCUGCUCAGACCAGUGCUCCAAGCUAUGCAAGGUCUGCUGCGCCCUCGACUGUGUAUGAAACCAAUUCUUAUGGAAAUACGUCGUACGGCAGUUCAGAGCCGUCCUAUAACCAGCACUACAAUACGUUACCAGCUUCGUUUCAGAGUCAGAGCUACGGUGCCGAGGAUUCCUCAUAUCAGCGGGCUCAACCCCAGAGGGCCUACAGCAGAAGUCAGAGUCGAGAAGCUCAACCCUUCUCUCCCUACUCACAAUCAAACAACCAGCCAUCGUUUGACUCGGCCUAUAGGCCGAACAGGGAGUUCCAGCCAGUGACAAGCUAUGGUCAGGCUGAUGACACGCCUCAGUUUGACUCAAGCUACAGCAGUUUGCCGGCCAGGGAGUCUCAGCCGACCUCACCCUACACGAGGUCGGACCCUCCACAGUUUGGUUCUGGCUUUAACACGACUUUUUCCCCAUCUCCGUCACAAGAACCAUCCAUGGGGUAUGGAACUACCUACUCUCCCCCACAGUCGCGCCAGGAUCCGAGCUACAGCAGCUCCAUCUAUUCUCCAUCAGUGACCAGACAGGACCCAGCAGAUAGUUUCGGCUCUCCCAGAAUUGCCUCAACUCCGCGGAGUCCGCCGGUAUCCUCGUUCGAUGGCUCUAAUGUGUUUAGUCCUGUUAGCCCUGCUAGAACACAAUCAGACCCCUUUGCUUCUGUAAGUGCUGAUAUGUCUGGUCUGUCUAUGUCAUCCCCAGUGUCAGAGGCUCCCCCACCUCCCCCUGUGGCUCCCCCUCCGCCUCCCCCACCUCCACCGCCGCCACCACCACCACCCCCACCACCGCUACCUACUUCCGACUGGCCAUCAAAGGCAUCUGAUUACAGUUCACAGAAUAACGAUGACAGGAGCAAUCAGUCUGGCGGAGGCCAGAAAAUCCCCGAUGGCGUGUUAAAUGCUAUGUCCAAACCUGGACAAGCUAAGCCAUUCUCGUAUGGAAUAGAUUUGGACGAACUCAAGCUAAAGACCCAACGCAGAGCUCCCCCAGUUGCCCCCAAGAAGAAGAAGCCAGUUGAGAGCAACCAAGGUCAAGGUCAGAAUCCCCAAAUGACGGUCCCAACAGGCCCCGGAACGGCAGUGUUCUCUCACGCCCAAUACAAUUCACCUCUGAGCAUGUACUCCAACGACAACGUUGCUGAGUCGUUCAAGGGACAGUCUGGCGGAGUCAUCACAGGAGUUGGUGGUCUCCCCAACAAGCCAAAGAAGGAGUUCAGCGACUCCCCAACGUACCGGUUCCUCCAGGAGAACGAGGGCCGGAAGCUGCCGGAGCCGGUGCAGUAUGAGGAAGCUCCAGUUAAGUUCAACGUGGGCUCCAACCCUAACAAACAGUCCAAGUCCUUCAAGGUCCUGCAGUGGAUGACUGAUACGGAGAAGGAUGAACAGGGGCCAGUGGAAGAAGACAAGCCUAGACGGCAGAGGAACCCAUUGUUGCGCCACAAUUCGGAAGAUGAUGAAAUGAGGUUUUCAGGACUAAACAACGACACCGACAUACCGUCAAGGUCCUUCCAGAAGCUCCAUAAGUAUGCUGCCAAAAACGGUACGGACAGUCAAGGAGGAAGUGAAGAGGACCAAUCAGUUACGGAGCAGCAACCAGAACGAGUGGGCAACUAUGACGAGACUUCAAUACGAUACAAAGGGAAACACAUUCCUUCCCCCUCCUUCCGUGUACUUAAAUCAUGGGCUGAGCUCGACACACAAGUAGAACAAAUGCCUGUGAGGUCGGCCAAGAAGGAAGAGGAUGAGGAUGAUGGUCUUCCAGAGACGCUCAACCCAGAUGAAAUCAGGGAUGUACGUUAUAAGGGGGGUCACAUUCCCUCCCGCGUCUUCAAGUCCUUGCAGAGGGCAGUAGGGGACGAUACUCCCGAAAACCCUAAUGUUACGGAGCAGCAACUAGAACGAGUGGGCAACUAUGACGAGACUUCAAUACGAUACAAAGGGAAACACAUUCCUUCCCCCUCCUUCCGUGUACUUAAAUCAUGGGCUGAGCUCGACACACAAGUAGAACAAAUGCCUGUGAGGUCGGCCAAGAAGGAAGAGGAUGAGGAUGAUGGUCUUCCAGAGACGCUCAACCCAGAUGAAAUCAGGGAUGUACGUUAUAAGGGGGGUCACAUUCCCUCCCGCGUCUUCAAGUCCUUGCAGAGGGCAGUAGGGGACGAUACUCCCGAAAACCCUAAUGAUCCUCCCCUCCAGAACAACCACAGCCAGAGUCAGAGCCAAGGGUCCUCCAGGCCUAAGAUCAAGAUUAUCACCCAGCCUGCCCCAGCCGUCAGUGGGGCCACCGACUUCUAGAAAUAUCCAACAGGAGAAGUGAUCUUACAGCAUCCUGGUCGCCAUCUUGGAUCCAUUUCAGAUGGACAUCAUAAAGGACAUACUAUCGUCACACAUUUCACCACGUCGAAAUGGUCCUGCGAUAGUGAAUUGCAAGACCAGUUGUGACCGCUGGUGACCAUUCGUCCAUCAUCACGGUGUUCUGGAUGUACAGCAAUGGAUGUUCAGGACAAUGCGAAUAUCCUUCACCAUUGGUGCUUCUGUCAUUGCCAUUGAUGCUGUGCAGCUGGCGGUUUACCAUUCUUGGCGCUAGAGAAUGGGACCGGCAUGACGACAUGAUAUUCUGCUGAUGGUGCUGCUGCCUUGGAUUAUGCCAACGCCAAUAGUUGAUGUCAUUGGGUGCUUCCUCCUUGAUCUCUGGUUAUGUUUUCAUGAUUCACAUUAACCAGUUUCGAUUGGUAUACUUUAAUAAGUCUUCACAGAAGUAAUUCUUAGAAGUCACACCAUACCAACACAAGUCCAAAACAGUAUUAACGGGAGCUGGCAUAAUCAGAGACACCGAUGUGUGCAAUGUAUUGGUUCGUAUAUCAACCUUAGGCUAGACAAGGAACUUUAUUAGGAGUGCUUGCGGCACUUUGGGGCCUGGUUUGGCCUCAUUGUAUUGUCAUCGAGAAAACAGUACACUUGUAUUAGACCGGCAGAGUCUAGCUGUCGGAGAGACGCGAUAGAAAUAGGCUUGUAAGGAUGUUUGUGUAAGGGGAGGUAACUCUUCGUGAUUCUGCUGAAAGUGUUGGAUGACAUGAGCGUUAGAAACAGAUGGGGUUUGUACAUAUUCAGAGUGUUAAUGAUUGAACUAACCCUGAUUUCGCCAGCGUUUGUGUGUUACCACAUAGCAAUAAUUAAAACUAUCAAUCAUCAUUUCGCCACGUGGACAAAUCUAGUUAAAUGAAAUUAUAUUUCGUUUGAUUUGAAGUGAACCGCAAGAUGCACUUUAGAAAAAAGCAUUCAGUGCAUCAACAUGGUGAUAGUCUCGCUAGUGACAUUUCGAAACGUCAGUGAAUACGAAUUAUAUCAUUUGUGGAUAUGCAAGAAUUAGUGUGCAGUGCAGUAAUUUACACACUUAGUCCUUCAAUAGCUGUUCUAGUUUGUGAAGCUGUUGAUCUUUGUACGUGUAUAUAUGUACGUUGUUUGUGACACAAUGUCGAAGGCUGUCACAUUGCCAUUCAACAAAUUGUUUAAUAGUAUCUCCGACUUCCUCUUCGCGAACCGAAAUGAGAAACUGUAAAAUGAGCAAUGUCUAUACUUUUUAUGUUUACCAGUACAAACAGAAUUUAUAUUAUCUUGUGUUCGUAACUUCAGUUUAAUAUAAGCAUUAUUCGUCAAUGAGAAACAUAUAGUGUUCAAGUAUACUAUUAUAGAUAUGAAAGCCAUCACUGGAAGCCUGGAUAGGGCGUACCUGUCCAUUGUGCGUGUUUUCGUCGAAACAAUACCCUUUAUCGAUUGGUAUGUAACGGUACCCUUUAUCGAUUGGUAUGUACUUAUAUAGUGUAUAGCAUAUAUAUCGCGUUCUGCCUAUCAAAACCAUUUUUUGUUACAUUAUACAUUUACCAAGCAAUGACUGUGAAACUGUCUCUACUUGUCACUAAUAAUCCAUACGCUCUAACUGUGAUUGUUUACGCAAGUCUGUGUCUCUUGUACAAACCUUUGUAUUCAGUUGUAUCGUUUGCUGUGCCAUAUAUUCACGUAAUCAACUCGUGUACAUAAGGAUUUUGUACCUGUUGAACAGCGGCUAGGAAUGAACAACGAUAAUUUAACAUACACGUACGGUGGAAAUCUGGAUCAAAUUUUCAUUCUUCCGUAAAGUAGACAAAUCAGGAAACGAUGUUUCUUGGUGUAUUAUAUCACAGCCUUGAAGCAUAUUCCUAUGAAAACCCCUUUCGUUGCAUUAUUUGGACCCAACUGAAAUAUAGUGCUUGAGAAAGUAUGUAAUCUUGGAAAUACUUACACAUUAUCCAUAAUACGGGCAACUGCAAUCAAUACCUUAGCUGCCGUAGACUGUAUAAAUGCAUUCAAUUAAUCUACGCUUACAUGAAGCAUGCCCUAAGAGAUUAGUUCAGGUUAACUUAUUUUGUUGUGUUUGGGCGCCCUGCUCCCGUGCAGGGAAUGUUACGCAAUCAGUGUGACCGACUAUCCCUGCUUUGUGUUCUAACGGGGAAUAAAGAACGAAAAUUUC